GACUCUUUUUAACCUGUAGAUGGCAUUACAUUACCCCCCCUGACUCCAAACCACGCAUCUGCUUCCAAUACGUAGGGGCUGCUGGUUCAUCACUUCUGCUCCGAGUAGCCUGCAGCUCACGCCUCAAGAAAAACGGGAUUGUAUCAGCACUGAAGAUGUGCAUAACCAGAGGAGCAAGUGAUAGGACUAAACCUAUACGUCGAAACUAAGUAAAAGCAAUACCACGGGAACUUCUUCGUGGGUGAAAAAUAAGAAAGAUGUACCCAUGGCGGUUAUGGAUCGCCAUGAUUAUGGGCUCACUGUGGUACUUUUCAGAGUACGGUCAAAUAGCGACUCAGUUCGUGUUGUGUGUGCUGUGUUGUUACGUCUCUACCCCGCCGAUAUUGAGAAACAUGGGCCAGGAGAGCGGCACACAAACAGACGAAGCAGCCCAGGAAGACGAUCAUCGGGGAAACGUAGCAGGUGCAACAUGUUUUGGUUUCGAUAUCUAUCAUGGAGGGAAUAGCCCACAAGUUCAUCAACAGGAGGAUCUUUCGUUUCAGCUGCAUUAUCCCAACGUCAAAAGGUCGCUGAGGCAUGUGUUUGAGUGUGCUUACAGACAGUUAAUCCUCCCAUGGUACUGCGUCCCAGAGCCCCCUGAGUGCCAGCCCCUUCAUCAGGCUCUGGGCAGGGAGUUUGACCUGGUGGUGGACCGGGUCAUCAGCAGGGCCCGGGACUUUGACCUGUGCGAGGCUGUGGUGGGCUCCGUCCGGAUCCUGACCCAGCACUUCCAUAACGCGAAGCAGGCGGAAAGGGAUCCCCUGUUCGGCUCCAGAGCAGAGGAAAUGGCUGUCCUGAGGGUGUUCUCCGAGGCCCUGGUCCGUAAUCUGUUCCCUGAGUCUCUGUGUGGGCUGGAUAUGAAUCGCUGUGCCCUUAAUGAGAUUGUGGCCUUAAAGGGUUUGGAGCUGCUGGUGACGUGGCUGUCGAACCCGGACCACCUGAACCAGAUGGUGGUCGGUCAGCUCGACAAAGCCUCUCCCAAAAGCUCUGUGGAGGAGCUGCGGGGGUCCGACUGUGACAGAACCUCCUCCGCCUCCCAGGGAGAGGAAGAGGAGGAGGAGAGCGAGGGCUCUGAGGAAGAAGAGUGCAGUGAAGUGUCAUGUGAGAACUCGGAAAACUCCUCAAGCCAUAAGGAAAAGAUGAAACUGAGAUCCAAAAAGCUCAAAGAAGGAUGGGUCAAGUUUGUGGACAAGGUGAAAUACAAGAGACAAAAGAAGAAGGCGACGAAGAAGAUGAAGAAGAUUGAGCAGGAGCUCAUUUUCAGAGCGAUGACCAACCAGGGGACGCCGACUCUGGAGGGGAACGGCUGUAGCAGAGUGGCUUCCCUUCGCAGCCGUCAAGACUCUGAUCCGGUGCGGGGCGAUCUUGAGCACUACCUGGCUAGCGUCCAAGAGGACAUGAUGGAAUUCAAGCUGUCGUACGAGAUGUGGCGCAUUGGCCAUUGGACUGUGAGCAUCCCCAAUGUGGACGGGGAAGAAGAAGAGCUGUUCUUCACUCUCCACCUGGAGGAGAGGGACAGCCCAGAGAACCUCAGCUGGGACAUAAGGAAGACUUACCUGCAGGUCAUAUAUUUCCGCAACAGAUGGCAGGACGCCACCGGACUCCCCUCCAUUACGUAUCUGGAACCAAACUCCCAGCAGGAGGCCAGCGCUGAGCUCCGAGAGGAAGUCAGAGUUUCCGUGGAGCUCUUCCUACAGGAACUGGUCUCUGAUGAGCAGAUAGGCCACACCCAGCCGGUGUUUCAGUUCCUGUGCCCCCUGGACAAGCUGCUGAAUGAGGAGGAAAAUGGUGGGGGGGUGUGGGGUCUUCUGAGUGGUCUGGCCUACCUUUUGACUCCUGGACAAGAGGAGUUGGAGGAAGAGGAGAAUCGCCUAAUUGUAGAUGCAAAGGUGUGGUGCUCCCCGGAACCAGAAACCCCAACGUUGAAUGCCGAAUAUUCCAGUGAAGGAUCCGGAAAGAAGAUCAAGGGCAUGACCUAUGACAUCGUCCGGGCUGUUGGCGACUCUGAACACCCUCCUCCUGGGACGGCAUUUGAGGAAAAUUCAGAGAACAGCGGUUCAGACUCUGUUCCGCAUAACGACACUGACCCGAACAAUGCAGACAGAGGGGACGGCGGCUCUAUCCCUCUGACUUCCCAGCUGAAACACAUGAUAAAGGGAGUAUCUCUGACCAGGUCGCUAGAAUCUCUGUUGUCCCCGAGAGAGGCCGACGAUGAAGUCCAGAUGGUCGAACUAUCUCAACGGUCGCGACACAAUGUCGCCCUGCCAGAGGAUAGUGAAGUCCUCCUAAUGUGGAGACAUGCGCAUGCUAAGUCUACUAAGAAGGUGGGGCUGCCCUUAAGACUGCCUGGCGGACUCCUCCGGCCCAAAGGGAAGGAGGAGAGUGCUCUGACCAGGGAGGACAAUCCCCAGGGUCAGAGGGCCCCGGUCUGCAGGGAGAACCUGGAAGCCACCAAAGCCAUUUUUGAUCUGUUGAAGGAAAUCACAGGCAACUCGAUACUCUUAAACAUAUUUGAUGCCAUUUUGAUGCCUGUCAUGCCGAUCCUUAAGAAAAAAGUGAACACCUUUUUGACCAAGAUGAACCCAACAGAAUUGCAAAUGGCGUCUUACAUAGACAACUUGCGUAACAAGCAGUGGCCAGCAGGUGCGGCCACACACCCAACAACUCCACGUACAGCCGAGGAAAAACAGGAAACCAAAGAGAGAGCACAUCAACUCAUCAAUGCUAAAUUUUCAAGCUACCUCAUUUUGAAGAAGACUGAUGUGGAGAAUGUUUUUAGACUUUUCCAGGACAGCGAGGAGAACAAGAAGUUGGUGUAUAUGCUCCUUUCAUUUUUGCUGAAAGAGUUUUUACCACAUGAGGACGCCCUGAAUGUGAGCGCCAAUCAUCUGCAGAAAGUAAACCACAGCAGCAACAACAGCAGCCGCAUCAACUGAAUUGUGAAGUAUACAGUUGUUGUUUUUUUCCUCAGGUACCAUUUUAGACUACCUCUAGGUUGGACUUUUUAGAACAAUCUAGUAUUCAUUAAAAGGCCAUUCACUGCAAUUACUUUUGUGGCUUGAUCAUAUGGUUGAAUUAUUUUAUUCUUCUACUUGACCUCAUAUGCCUUUAAAAGAUUAGAGAAUUGUGAUUACAAUACUAUUAUUUAUUUUUUAAAUAUUGAUAUGUGUCUCCUUCACUCACCAUUUCCAAAAUGGCUAGUGGAUAAUAAUCAAUUUUAAUUUAAUUUAGAAAUUAAAUGCCUUAUACAUGUUGAAUUUUUUUUUGUUAAAUCAACGUUGGUCCUUGAAACCGACCUGAAUGGAUUUCACUCGGGAGUUUGGGCCCCCUUGGGACCCCUUAACAAAAAUACAAUCUCACUGAAAAUAUUGAAGCACUUGAAAGGGGAGAAUGUUAAUGAAUUGGGUCACUUUGUUUUGUGUUGCAUCUGUUCCAGAAUUCAUAAUGCUCAAUAAUCGUACAAUAUCUGACAUUCCUUUUUAACCAUUUUAAUUUAAAAAAAGAUGUCCGAUAUUGAAAUAAACAAUGGAGUUGUACUCAAACCAUU